AUGACGGCCGUGCACACAUGGGAAGUGAUUGGUGGGGCGAUCUCUGGUGGCUUGCUGGUGCGAAGUGGCAGAGCACUAGGCUCAGAGCGAGAAUCACAACGCUUGCGUACAGGCUCCGUUGUGGAGCAAAUCGAACUUGAUGGAGAACGUCUCCACUACAAGUUGCUGGAAGGAGCUGGGCCGUUGACUGGCUGGGUGAGCACCAAACUUGGGGGCCGUGAAUUGCUUCAGCGGUGCUCCUCAACCACCUCUGGCACCGAGAAGAGCAAAGAGGACUUCCUGCGAAAGGCUUCCAACCUACAAGUUGCGCACAUGGACAUCAUUGCAGUGGCCUUGAAUGUCGCUCCAACUGUGCAGACUGGACCCAGAUUCAGAGUCACCAAGGUUUGUGAUGAUACUCUCCUGGAGAUUGAGCCGAGUGAAGCUGCUGUGAGUUUGGAAGAUUUCUGGCCAAAGGAUUGCCCGUUCGACUCCAAAAAGCAGCACUAUGUCUACUGGGCCAUCGUGUGCAGCUCUUCCUGCGACACCUGGACCAUGGCCUUGGCGUUGACCCUCAAGGAACUUUCAGACUAUGGUGUUAUUCUGACCCACGAAUCUCGACCAGUGACCAACAUUGUGGUGCUCAACACACCUACCAUGGAUGUGGGCGACCUUCUUCCAACAGCGGUAGAGUUGCUUGAGCCAGGAUCCGGGGCCAGAGUUUCCAUGUUCAGUACGCCAGCAUCACAGUUGACGCUUAAGAUGUUGGGCCCCGAAGUGCAAGAGAGACUUGGUUGGGGAGUCUCUCCUACGUUUACUGAAGAGCUACGAGAUAACUUUAUCGAGCGCUUUGGGGAAGCGUCUCUCACGCAGACAGUGCCGCAUUGGUGGAUUGCCGCAGUGGUGCAGGGUGCUAGGGGCUAUUACAUGGCGCAUAUUGAUCUUUGUGGCCCAGCUUAUGGCACCUUCUGCCGCAGCCCUGGUGGUGCUGUGCCAAAUGGUAAAGAACUGACCUUGGAUUCUUUUAUUACGCCCUGCUAUGUCAUGACGCCGUACCACUCGCAACAGAUGUUUAUUGUACAUCCUGAAGUUGUGAACUACGUGCCGAACGAUGCAAAGUUCACAGCAGUGUCUGAGAUACGCCAUUUGCGAUGCUUCUACCAUGGACACCCAGGCUACCUGACGGCCACUCCUUUGCCAAGCUUUGUGGAUGGCGAGAAAACCUCCUGGCUCCGGCUGCGUUCGCCUUCAGAAGAUGCUGUAGAGACCGUCCAGUCUUGGAAGGAGGGCUUACAAUCCAUUGCAUCAUUUUUCCGGGCUGAGAUCUUCAAAACCUUGGAGCCAGGUACCUAUGUUGAGGUGGAUGAUUCGUGUGACAAUGCCAGCUUCAAGGGUCGUUUGGGAAAGGUACUUCCAGCUGCCACCGGCGAGGUGGAGCAUCUCUUGCAGCUGAAUGGCUUGGCAGAACCUGCCAGGGUUCAUCCAACGGCUCUAAAGUUAUAUCCUCGAUAUGUCCAGCAUCAUGAAUGA